GUCCAAAAUUCCACGCCAGCCUUGGCCAUCGUCUCGUCGGCAACCUCAUCCCGUCGCAGUCAGUGCACGCACCCAGAGCACCGCAACCGACAAUGGCCUCUGCCGACCCGGCCGAUGCGACCGUCCAUGCGGCGCCUUCGGGCGACCUGCCCAUCCGACGACACUCGGUCUCGUCGUCCAACUUUGACAUUGUCAAGACCUAUCGCGACCUCCUCGCCUCCGACCCGGACCUCACCAAGCCCGUCGCCGCCAUCGAAUCCCUCAUCGUACUCCUCAACUCGGUGCCCUCCACCACCGUCUACGAAACCCUCGACACCGUCAAGAUGCACUCAGACCGCCUCAAGGCCUCGGUUGCCAACCCGGUACCCCUGACCGCCGGCACCGACCUCUUCCUCCAGUACCUCGUCUCCUCGCUUAAGCAGCAGGACGGGAGCUUCGACGCUGUCCGGCAGCACCUGCUGCGCAAUGGGCGCCUCUUCGCCGAGCGCGCCAUCGACGCCCGUGUAGGCGUCGCCGAGGCUGGCUGGCGUUUUGUCGGCGAGGGCAAGUGCGUCCUGACUCACGGCGCCUCCCGCUCCGUCACGGGCGUCCUCGAGCGCGCCUCCAAGGCCCUCAACGCAAAAUUCCGCGUCGUCUACGUGCGGGACGAGACCCGUCCUGAGGAGAGCGACCUCGUCGUCAAGAAGCUGCGCGGCAUGAGCAUCCCCGUCGCCGAGAUUCCUGAGGCUGCCGUCGCCCACGUCAUGGGCCUCUUGCGUCAGGUGCACAUGGUAUUUGUUGGCGCAGAGGCCGUCACCCAGAACGGCGGCAUCAUUUCCCGCAUCGGCACAUACCAGAUUGCCCAGCUGGCGUCCAAGGCCAAGAUCCCCUUCUACGUCGCCGUGGAGACCCACAAGUUUGUGCGCAAGUUCCCGCUGGACCAGCGGGAUAUUGGCUUCAAGCAGGAUGUGCUCGACUUUAGCACCGACGCUACUAGCAAGCAGCCGACGGACGCCGUCGAUUAUACGCCGCCCGAGCUCAUUUCCAACCUGGUGACGGAAAAUGGGGUCCAGCUGCCCGGCUACGUCUUUGAGCAGCUCCUCGACAUCUACGGCAGUCUUAAUGGGUGAAUAACGAGAUGUUCGAUACUUUAGUGGUCAAGCAGCAGUGCGCCGCUUGGCCACAUCAUGGUUUUCCUUGCUUGACGCUUAUGGGCUUGCAAUAUAGGGUUUCAAAGCGAUUCAAAAAUACCCGGCACCACGACCAUUAAAGGGUUCAGACGCCAACUUACUCCCUCGCGGCCACACAACUAGUGGACAUACCUGGGAACGGGCCGAUAGAGUAUUUCCAUACCUGCGCCCAGGGGCUGAAGCCCCUACCAUGCUCGGAAUAUGCGAGUUGCGCAAGUUUGCCGGACCGAGAUGGGAAAAUGGCACAAUACAGAAUCAAAGACAGUCAACAAUAGACACAUAAGCCAAAGCUGCGCUCAUACUAGUUUCAAUUUGGUGAGCGAGUUUUGUCGCACGCUUUGCUCAAAAUGAAUGGGCAGUCUGGCCAUAUACACCACGGUCUGUUGACUCGUGAACAGCAAAACCGCCCCGUGUUACAACCUCGG